CAGUCUCUUUGACUGAUGUCGGUAAUUUUAUAUUUGUUUACAAACUCUGAUUAUCUUCAAUUUCAGCAAUUUUUAUCCUUACGUCAAAGUUUUAUUAUUUAAAUGUUUUUCUUAUUAACUUAAGUGAUAUCAAUAUGGGUGAAGACACUUCUUACUGUAUUUGUCGCUCUUCAGAUACAAGUCGUUUUAUGAUUGGUUGUGAUUCUUGUAAUGAAUGGUAUCAUGGAGAUUGUAUUUCUAUUACUGAACAGCUUGCUAAGACGAUAACCAAAUUCUACUGCCUCAUGUGUCGUGAUCGUAAUCCAUCAUUAAAGAUUCAAUAUCACAAAGAUUCUGGUUCUAAAUCAACCAGCAAACAGGGGACUGUUCGAAGAAAGAAACAACCACCUUCUAAGUCCAAUAAAACGGCUCGUUUUGAAGAUGAUACCUCACCUGAGAAGAUGGAUUUUGAGGAUGAAAACGAUGAAGAGUUUGAUGACGAUGAUGAUGGAGAUGAAACUUUCAGAAUUGAGAAUGAAUUAUCUGAAAAAAAUAAUCGAAAAAGUAAACCAAAAUCUAGACCUAGCCGAAAGAAAACAAACACAACAUCAUCUGACAACAAACGUGGAAGUAAAAAAACACAUAGACAAAGAGAAAGAGAAAGAGAUGUCUACGAAGUUGAUGAUGGUUUAAGGCAAUGUUAUGGUCCUGGAUGUAUCAAUAUAGCUCGUCGAGGCUCCAAAUACUGCAGUGAUAAUUGUGGUAUUAAAUUAGCAACCAACAGGAUAAUAGAAAUUUUACCUGAACGUAUAAGGUUUUGGCAAAGUACAUCAUCAAGUGCUGAUGUUUUCAGUAAUCGAGAAUUAGAUGCAAUUCGAACAGAAGGAGAAACAGCCAAAAGGCUUCUUGAAGAACUGGACGGUAAACAAAAAGAACUAGAAGCUAUGAUUGCCGAGGCCAAGAAACUACCACCAAUCUCAGAAGAUGAAGUAGACGAAGAGACUGGAGAUGAGCUGAUGACUUACUGUGUAACCUGUGGACACGAAGUUGCAUCGAGAACUGCCUUGAGACACAUGGAAAGAUGUUUUAACAAAUUUGAAAGUCAAAUAUCUUUUGGUGGUGUUUAUAAAACAAAAGUGGAAGGAGUUUUCUGUGAUGUAUUCAAUCCUCAUCAGAAAACUUAUUGUAUGAGAUUGAAAGUAUUGUGCCCUGAACACACAAAAGAGCAAAAGAUACCAGAUAAUGAAGUUUGUGGUUAUCCUUUGGUUACUAACUGUUUCGAACUGACUGGAACAUAUUGCCGUCUCCCAAAAAAGAAGUGUAUGAGACAUUAUUGUUGGGAAAAAUUACGACGAGCUGAAAUUGAUAUGGAAAAGGUUCAGAAAUGGUUAAAAUUAGAAGAACUAUUUGAAAAGGAGCAAAAAAUUCGGUACACUUUACAAAAUCGUGGAGCCGUUCUUGGUUUAUUGCUUCAUCAUACAGUGAUAAUGGACUGAUUUAGCUUUGUAUACUUAAAUCUAUUUUCUUAUUUCUGUACAUAUCAUUUAUGAUUAAAUAUUCAUGCUGAUGCAUAUUCAUAAUUCAUCAUUGUCAAUAACAAAAAUGUAAAAUAAAAAGUUAAAAUUGAAGGAGAAA